AUGUUCUGUUUUGAAAAGGAGGCCUAUGUGUGGGCUGACGUGGAGCAGAAGGACGCUUUUUUCUGCAGGCUGGGUUUCUACGCUGAUGAUCUUGCUGUGAUCGCAGACUCACUGGAGGAGUGUCUCUCCAGACUGAAAGGUUGGAAGUAUGGUAUGGACAGCAAAGGGCUGAGGGUCAAUAUGAAGAAGACAAAGCUCUUGAUCACCGGUCCUGGACUGAAUCUCCUGCGUGACGCUGGAGAAUAUCCCUGUACAGCAUCACGUCCAAUUGAUGGAAGACCUGUUACCCAGGUGGUCGUUGACGGCUCACAGCUGGAUGUUGAGGCCAGCUUCUGCUAUCUGGGUGACACGCUAUGUGCUGAGAUAGGCUGCGAACUGGCCAUCAUCACCAGAUGCUGCACUGCUUGGGGAAAGUUUAAGAAGCUACUACCAAUACUGACGUUGAAGCAUGUUUCCCUUAAAACCUGUGGCAAAGUGUUCAAUGCUCGUGUCCGGUCUGCCAUGCUACAUGGUAGUGAUGCGUGGGCACCAUCCGCUUCUGAUCUACAACGACUUCGUAGAAAUGACAGAGCAAUGGCCCGCUGGAUCUGCAGCGUCAAACCUGACGACGGAGUUGACACUGACACACUGUAUGGAAAACUAGGGAUACCAGAAGUCACCGCAUCACUGCGAACCAGACGUCUGAGGUGGUAUGGUUAUGUCGAACGUGCCACUUCUUGCAUCAACCCUAUCAUGAAGAUGGCCAUUCCUGGUGCUAGAGGUAGAGAGAGACCAAGGAAAUCGUGGUCUGACUGUAUCCGGGAGGACCUGCAUACAUGUGGCAUGGGAAACACAUGUUUUUUUCUGCUUAAUGAGCUCAAGAAUUGCCUUUAA